AUGGACCCUGAGAAUGAGGACAGUGAUGUCUCUUCUUCGGAAGCUGACCUUCGUGGAUUCGAGAGACCUGUUGGUCUUCCACCGGCACCAUCUAAGCAAGCACUUGAGAACCAGCAAACACUAUCCGAUCGACUUAGCGAGCUCGAGUCCAUCGAGAACCGCAAUAUCCAGAGGCAUGAUCUCUUGAAAGAAAAGAGAGCACGUAUGGAUGGCAGAAUUGCUAGUCACCGCGCCGCGCAAGACGCCAAGAUUAGAGCAAUCAUGGAUGCUCGUGCUCGACGAGACACGUUAAUCAUGCAGCGUCGCAAUAGAGAGGACAUCUCUUUUCAACGUUUCUACGAAGAGCUAGAGGAUGAAGAAACAUCCGAAACACCACCUACAAGGCCGCAAGAACAUAUACAGUACCCACCCCACCCAGCAGAACGACCUCCAUAUGGUUACUAUCAGAGUCCAAUAACGCACCAUGCACCACUACCUCAGCAUCCUUACCAACCCGGUCCCUUCUAUCAGCAACCAGGACCUGCCCAAAGCCCACCUGUGACGAAUCAACCGCGGCCAACAGGGAUGAAUGCACCUCCCUAUGGGCCAAAUGUCCCCCACGAGCCUUCUCAUAUGUCUACGCCUGCUCCAGUCCCGAACAGUACACCACAAUCCGGACCUCAACGACAAUUCGCUUCUCACUAUGAUACACGCCCUCCACCUCCAGCACCAAACUCUUCUGGAUUUGCUGCAGUAAAUCAGCCGCCCCCUCAUAGUGGCUUCGCAGCCGUAAAUUCUCGACCACCAGCAACAGCCUCGCCAGAUUUAGAAGCGUCUGCUAGCAAGGAUAGUGUGCAGAAAAUUCACACAAAACCUAUUGAAAACACACCAGCAAGGGCGAGCACGGGCGAAGAUAAGAGUCCACCUGGUAACGGGUCUAGCAACAAGCGUACACCUUCUACAACGCACCCAUAUCAAAUGUCGGAAGCAUUUGCCAAUCGACAUCAUCAUUGCGAAAGGAUUGAUUCCCUCAACCGCGGUAUCUGGACCUGGUAUGGGCCAGGAGGUAAAGAUCACCCUACAGAACCAUCCACAGAAAUGUAUUUGAGGUGCAAUCACGAUGGCUGCAGACGUAUCGAUUGGCGAACAGUACACGGUUUGCAAUGCCACAUUGUAAAAAACCACGAACAACCCAAAGGAACAAUUGGGAGUCUAGAGAAAGCUCUUGCCGCUUAUGGUGUCCCGGUAAAGGAAGUAGAAGAGGCAGAAGAGAGAGAUGGACUCGGCACGGGCGGCACAAUGGCUGAUCCGAAGAAUAACAAGAUCAGAUCGAGGCGUUUACUGGCUGAGAGACGUGAUAUGACUCCAGCUGAGACCCCAAUCACGGUGAAACAGCAACCACCACAACGUUCAAUCAGUCCUAGCUCGAUCCUACCAUCACACAAAAUCGAAGCUGGCAAGCAGUAUCAGGUACCGCAUGACCAUAAGGACUCUAGGGCCGAGAGCACACCCACGCCUAUGGAGCCACAGGUCCAAUUUCGCCCUUCGACAGGCUUUGCAGCAGUGAACACAGGCUGGCGUCCUGUAAAUGCGGGUGCACACAAACGUCAACAUUCGAAUGAUCUGGAGAUGCGCGAUGGCCCUCACAGCCAGUCCAUACCCCAGACGCAGAUCAAGGAGAAGGAGCAGGAAAAAGAAGAUCGAGGCCAGAUAUCUAGACCAUUCUGGCAGGCUUGGCCAGUAGGGCCAGCAGGCACUCCUUCCCCGACAAGGUCAAAUAUUCCUGCUUACACUACACCGGGCUGGCCAGGUUUUCAACCAACAUAUAACCAUCAGCCACAGCAGCUCACGUCGUCCCAACCCCAACCAUCUCUGGUAAAUCCUGCGCCUGUUGUUCCACAAUCUUCAAGCUCCAACAUCUCUGAGUCAAAGCUGGUUACUGAACAGUCGCGUGACACUGUCACGUCUGCCAGUCGAUCGUCUGAGGCGCCUCGUCAUGAUCGAGAGCCGCACAAAAGUCAAGUAGAGGCUUCAACUGGGUUUAGAGAGGUGACGCCAAAAAGAGAGAUAACUGACGAGAACCACAACGAGGUCGAGCCUGCGAAAGACGCAGUACCAGUGACUGGCCCCCAUAGAGUGAUGCCAGACACUGACAUGUCGAGCGUCGGCACAGACGUGCAAACCAACCAAGAGCACGAAAUGCGACCAGAAGCGCCGAGGCAUAUGGAUGGCGUUCACAAGAAUGAAGCAGCUCCACCACCUUAUGCAAAGCUUGAACAACCAAGUAAGGGCAUCGAUGCCGCACAUGCCGCACCUGCCGAAGAACAACGUGCGCCAAAUUCAACAGCUCAAGCACCAGCAGAAAUUCCAGCCGAGAAAGUGCAAGACCGGGACGCCGUUAUGGGUGAUGUCAAGGCGGUUGUCGAAGAGGAUACCAAGCCCGCUGUAAAGCGGUCUCCUCAAGUCAGCAGCAGACGCAUCGCAUCGAGGAGGGAAAGUCGACGGACGAGCAUAGCCACAGCUGCUUCGAGCAAAGCAGGGACUGAGAAAAGCAAGGAAGAUGACCUUGAUAUGCCUGUAUCUAGCAGGAUCAGUGCUGAUGAAGACGGUGAUACAAUAGUAGUCAGCAAAGCUGAUGUGAAAGAGAAGAAAGAGGAUAAGGUGAAGGACGAAGACAAGUUGUCAACGCCGUCGAGACGAUUGCCUAACGGACGUUUCACUCGUAAUAAGCGGUAG